CUACGUGGAACGCUUUCUGGAUUUGACAGGCAAACCAUCCAUCAUUGUACUCUCAGACUCACACAGCCAGCAAAUAUGCAAUAGCAGCAAACAUCAGCCGUGCUCUAUAAAGCUUCCCAAAUCCUGAGUACAGACAUCUACUUAUGUCACAUGACCAGGACUUGGAGCCUGACUGAAUUACUUUCCCUCAUGCAGUUUCCCCUUUCACCACUACAAUACAAAAGUGUCUGGAGAGAAGAAAUGUAGAGUGUUGUCACAAGCCAUAUUAACACAUGAACAUACAUGUACACAUGUGCAUGGAAGAACUGCAGUGGCUUCCAUAGUGAAAAUGGCCCAAAAUGCAGUACUUGAAGCACUGCUUUGCUCAGCAAGGAUUUCUUCUGUUUCGCUUAGAGGCUAAGGAAUGCCUACAGUAACCAUAUCCAGAUGUGCCUACUUGGCAACCCGCUGAUGAAACAUUGCUGAGGAGACACAGGAUCUACACUAUCAAAUUGGAUAUGGAUAUAGCCAUAAGGCAGCUCAAAAACAACUUUUAACAUUCCUGGUAACAUUCUGGAAACAAUGAAAGUUCGGCUCAAAGGAGAUGCAAUUUGUACCCUUUUCCUUGUUGUAGCACUUUGCUCUUUACUCUAUUCCCAGUUGGAGCACUUAGCUUUAGCAGGUAACAAGGAACAAGCUCACAAGAAACCUUCAUCAACACAAAGAAUCUUCCCAGACCCCCAAGCCCCUGGGAGAUACUCUCAAGAAGAAGUGAUAGUAGCCAGACCCAGAAUUAUUAUUACAAAGAAGGCAGAGGUGGAUGAUUAUUCCCAAACUACCACUGUGUCCCCAGUGACUUAUUCUACCUUUGACUUCAAGAGCUACCUUCUCAACAAGGACAAAAGAAACUUCAAACUUCUCAUUAACCAGCCCAAAAAAUGCAGAAGAACGCCUGGAGGUCCAUUUUUGCUUAUUGCCAUCAAAUCAGUGGUUGAGGACUUUGACAGGCGUGAAAUUGUCCGUAAGACCUGGGGCAGGGAAGGUUUGGUACAUGGGGCACAGGUUCAACGAGUUUUCCUUCUGGGAAUACCAAAGAAUAAGUCAGCACUGGCUACAUGGGAGACCCUCAUCCAUCAAGAGAGUCUGACCUACCGGGACAUUUUACUCUGGGACUUUAUGGAUACCUUCUUCAACUUGACCUUAAAAGAGCUAAAUUUCCUGAACUGGGCCAAUGAGUUUUGUUCAAAUGUGAACUUUAUUUUUAAGGGAGAUAAUGAUGUUUUUGUCAAUGUGGAGAACAUCAUUGACUUCCUUGAGAGGCGUGACCCCACAGAGGAUCUCUUUGUUGGGGACAUAAUUUACAAUGCGCACCCCAUCCGUGUGAGAAAAAGUAAAUAUUACAUCCCAGAAACAAUGUAUGGGCUAGGCAUGUAUCCAGCCUAUGCAGGGGGAGGGGGAUUCUUGUUGUCCAGCCAAACCAUGAAAAAGCUCUCUGAGGCUUGCAAAGAAGUGGAGCUCUUUCCUAUCGAUGAUGUCUUUUUGGGCAUGUGCUUGCAGAGGAUCAAUCUCAAACCUGUUUUGCAUGAAGGAUUCAAGACAUUUGGCAUUGUGAAGCCCUCUGCUGCCCCACACUUGCAGACGUUUGAGCCCUGCUUUUACAAAGAUCUCAUGGUGGUCCACAGUCUAAAAGUACCAGAGAUCUGGCUUAUGUGGAACUUGCUGCAUAGCCCACGGCUUUCCUGCACCCAAAAAAAGCAAGUGAAAAAGCCAUUCCAAUGGAAGAAGAAGACUAAAAUGGUAACAGACGCUGCAACUUCCUGAUAAAACAGACAAAGUAUAACAGAAGCACAUGGUGAGCCAAGCUCAAGAAAGGAGGAAACAAAGGAAGGCUGCAAUAUAAUAAACUUGGUUUAGAAAUAGAGUAUUUUAGCACUUUUCAAGUACACAAGGGCAAGUUUUUGCAGAAGCCUGUCAGAUUUCCUGGUUUGUACAUACUAUACAUGGUAGGAUUUUCUCUCUAACGUAAUUCAUAUAAUCACAAAAUUAGAUUUAUUAGAACUGCAAUAACAUUUAAUCCCCUCAUGGAUUACAUUAGAGAGAGGACUCUAGUCCUAUAGGGGGAACAUGGAGAGAGAAGGGACAAAUAAGAAAUUAAGGAUGGUGUCACUUGCAGAGCAGAAUAUAGGUAAGUGACCCAAGAUCCCCAGGUAAUUAGGAAGGGGCAGAGUUGAGAUGAGCCUUAAAGACAAGGACAAGGAUUUUCAAUUGCUCCAUCUUAACGUAUUGAUAUUUCAUUGCUUAUAGUGAUGUAUACAAAUUACACACCUGUUAAACUGCUGCUGAAUCAGGACUCAAAUUGGGUUGGUUCCUAGCAAGCUGAUAAGCUUGAUUUAUAUUCAAUGGAAGCUAAAAAUCAUUUGAAAGUGGCAAUGUCUCUCUCGCUGUCUCUCUCUCUCUCACCUUUGCAGACCAGAUCCUCAGCCAGUAUGCACCAAUGCAGCUCCAUGUUCGACCUCUGUUUGUUAAGAGGAACAACAUAUAGAACUCCCAGGAGCACCACAUUUUUUUCUCUCCCUCCUUUGAAUUGGAAGGAAAAGUAUCAGUAUAGCACACUAGUUUACAGAUUGAGGCAUUUUUAUACUGAGAGCAGUCAACUAUAAGAAGCAGCUGGGCCUUUUCAGAUUGCUGAGGACACAAGUUUAUUAUUCAGAUAAAAAGGUUUCAAAAUAAGAGCCUUUCAAAACUCAUUACAAAAGAACAAACCCAACUCCCCUCUCUCCCCAUCUCCAAAAACCACCUCACCCCCAAACUGUCAUCAAAUGGUAUCCUAUGUCCUGUUUAUUGUUUUUGUAUAAACAUUUUAAACUUUGCAGAAGAUCACCAGCUUAUUUGACACUGAAUGAACUUUUUUCCACUUAAAACAUUUCCCCCCAAUAACAGUGAAUCUUAAAACAAACCCUUCCUUGGACAUCACAUUCGGGAAGUGAAUCACUUAAAAAGAGUCAGAAAAGCCUUUUAAUCUUGGAGAUGAUGGAUCUGGAUUCACAGCUGGCUGAAACUGUUUCCCAAUUUUUAUGAUUCUUCCCUCAACAGUGUCCUGAGAGCAGGGCAUUUAAGCAUGUGCUAAACCCAUCCUUAUUUUGGAGAGCUCUUACACAAGUCUUUCAAGUCAACAGAACUUUAAGCACAUUCUAAAUCAGAGCUUAGGCGACAACCGUAAUUCAAAUGUGGGAUUCCACAGAAUUCCAGCUUUUAUUUUUCUAUUUAGCCAUAGCCAAAGCUCAAUCCCCACUUUAACUAUGCAGAGAGUGAAAAAAGGCUGUUAAGGGCAUUGAUUCACUACUGCAAUUAAAGAUGCUCAGCAAUGUGUUCCAGAUUAAAAUUUAGCCUUAUGACAACAUAUUUUCAGGGAAAAAUACUAGCUACAGUAGACACUGAAGAUCUAUAAGUUGAUCUAUAAUAGGUUGGCAAUUUCUGGGAAUAAGAUUUUAUACACAUAUAUAUUUCCACAAACAAAAAAACAUUGUUGAAAAAUAUAGUAGUUCUGCAGAGGGUGGAAAUAUGUCAUAGCCUUGUCAGUUAGAAACCGCCAUUCAGGGCCUGUAGUAAAUGUGCCUUAUGUAUGUAUUUAUGAGCUGUACAGAAAAGUGUUGUUAUUAGUUUGGUAGCUGGGAAAUUAUUUAUAUUGUAAUUAAAAGCAACAUGCUUAUCCAAU